GAUGCGCUGCUCGGUGAUGUCAGCGUGCACGCGGAGAGCUGGGGCAAUGCAGCCCAGGGCAGGACAGGAUGGAGGGGACGAGAGCACAGCCCUUCUUUGACCCCAGAAGCCUUCUGUGAUUCUCCGGUCGAACGCCUACCUUCCCACUCCAGCACGACGCAGGUUUUUUUUGGCUCAGCCAGCAGUUUCAUUUUUAAGCUGAGCUAAUUGAAAGGAACUGACCCCCUCCCCCAGCCUCACCCCAUCCAACUAGCAUCAUUCGCCCCCGGUUUGUGAAAGCACUUUACCACUUAAACUGAAGUACAGCAACCAGUUAUAUAAAACAGAUCCAACAAAAAUCUGUGCUGUGUAUCCGUAAUAAUGCUGAAGGCAAUAAAAGAUAAAAGUUCUGGUGCUCCAUUAAAGUGUCUUUAAAGUCUGCCAAGAUCUGGGUGUUUGCUAGUUUUGUUUGCCUUUAUGUUUUUUAAUGUCUUCCUCAUCAAUCCGUGGCCCUUUCCCCUCUUUUUAAGAAGCCCAUGUGCUUUUAAAGGGCUGUGUGUGUGUGUGCUGAUGCAGGGCAGUGUAUGCACCUCCUCAACUCUGCCAUAGUCCCUCCUACUUCCCCCUGAUAUAGUGAGCCUUUGAGUAACAGUGAAGUCAAUAAGUGCAGGAUCUUUAAGUGAGCAGUGCUGGGACUGGCCCUCUGCCUCAGCUCCCGACUGAUUAACACUGUACCCCUCUCACAUGGACUACUCCGGCAUCCUGCUCCUCUGGGCCUGGACCUUCCUGCCAGGUGGCUGUGACUCUUUCAAUAUCGACACCAGACACCCAAGGAUCAUCCUGGGCUCCAGGGAGGCCCAGUUCGGAUACACGGUGCAGCAACAUGAAGCAGCCGGACAGAAGUGGUUGCUGGUUGGCGCUCCAUUUGAAACCAAUGGCCAUUACCAGACAGGGGAUAUCUACAGGUGCCCAUUAAGCAAUAAUGGGAGUGGCAACUGCUCCAAGCUCAACCUAGGAAGGAUAUCGCUCACUAAUGUGUCAGAGCGCAAGGACAAGAUGCGCUUAGGAAUGACACUUACCAGCAACCCCAAGGACAACAGCUUUGUGGCCUGCGGCCCCCUCUGGUCCUACGAGUGCGGGAGCUCCUACUACAGCACGGGGAUCUGCUCCCGCGUCAACUCCACCUUCAAGUUCGCCCGCACCAUCGCUCCCGCCUUCCAGAGGUGUGAGACCUACAUGGAUAUUGUCAUUGUUCUGGAUGGGUCCAAUUCCAUUUACCCGUGGUAUGAGGUCCAGAACUUCCUCAUCAACAUCCUGCAGAAGUUUUACAUUGGGCCGGGCCAGAUCCAGGUUGGUGUGGUGCAGUAUGGGGAGGAGGUGGUCCACGAGUUUCACCUCAAUGACUACAAGUCCGUGGAGGAGGUGGUGAAAGCAGCCAAGAACAUCGACCAACGCGGAGGCGCAGAGACUCGCACAGCCCAUGGGAUAGAGAUAGCACGGUAUGGCUACAGCCAGGUCUUGGGGUACUACAACAGGAGAGGAAUCAACCCUGAAGCCUUUCUGAAGGAAAUCAAGUACAUCGCCAGCGACCCUGAUGAUAAGCACUUCUUCAACGUGACGGAUGAAUCUGCACUGAAAGACAUUGUGGACGCGCUGGGGGAGCGCAUCUUCAGCUUGGAAGGAACAAGCAAGAACGGGACGGCAUUUGGCCUGCAGAUGUCCCAGGCCGGGUUCUCCUCACACAUCGUGGAGGACGGGAUCCUGGUGGGGGCUGUGGGGGCAUACGACUGGAACGGGGCCGUGCUGAAGGAGACAAGGCACGGAAAAGUCAUCCCCUCCAAAGCUGCCUACCAGCAAGAGUUCCCCGAGGAGCUCAAGAACCACGGGGCAUACCUGGGGUACACUGUGACUUCAGUGGUGUCGGCAAAGAACGAACGGCUGUACGUGGCUGGAGCUCCACGGUUCAACCACACGGGAAAAGUCAUCAUCUUCACUCUGCGGAACAAUGGCAACCUCACCAUCCUUCACUCGCUCAAGGGACAGCAGAUUGGUUCUUACUAUGGCAGUGAGAUUGCUCCGGUGGACAUAGACGGUGACGGUGUGACCGACAAUCUCCUCGUUGCUGCACCAAUGUUCUUCAGUGGAGGCUGGGAGAAGGGCAAGGUAUACAUCUACAGAGUCACUGAGCAGAGCCACUUCAUCCUGGAGGGGGCGUUAGAGAUUUCAGACCGCUGGCAAAAUGCACGGUUCGGCUCCUCCCUGGCCCCCAUUCCAGACCUCAAUGCUGAUUCCUAUAACGAGGUGGUGGUGGGUGCACCACUGGAGGACGACCAUCGGGGGGCAAUAUACAUCUUCUUUGGCCAGCAGGACCAGAUACAGCGGGAAUACAAGCAGCGGAUCGCAGCAGCAGAUCUCUCCCACAGCCUGAUGUAUUUUGGCCGCAGCAUUCAUGGGAAGAUGGACCUGAAUGAGGAUGGGCUGGUGGACUUGGCAGUAGGCUCUCUGGGUGCUGUUGUGUUGCUCUGGUCACGAAGUGUCGUUCAGAUUCAUGCCGUUGUCAAGUUUGAGCCCCACAAGGUCAAUAUCUUCAACAAAGACUGCCGAAGGGGUGGCAAAGAUGUCACCUGCAUGUCAGCCAUCGUCUGCCUCAAUGUCACUGCCAAGUCCCCCGUCGCACCCACACAGGAAGUAGCAGUGAAGUACAGUGUCAACAUUGAGGAGCGGAGAUACACACCGCGUGCCAUCCUGGAUGACAAUGACAGACAGCAGCCCCAGAACCUCACCUUGCUCCUGGGAGAGGAGUCCUGUGAGCACAUAUACUUCCAUGUCCUGGAUACCAUGGAUUAUGGCCGCCCCAUCAUCUUCACUGUGGAGUUCGGAAUGCUGGAGUCCAGAGAGGGACCAGUGUUGGAUGACACCUGGCCAACCACACUAAGGACAGAGCUGCCAUUCUGGAAUGGCUGUGAUGAGGAUGACCACUGUGUCCCUGACCUGGUCCUGCACAGCCGCGUGGACCUCCUGGAGAGCAGGAAGUACUGCGAGAUGGCGGUUCAGGCUGGGGGGCCGCUUUGUCGGAAACAGGGGGGAGCGUGGGGUGCGGAGCGGGUGGUGGAGGCGGCGCGGAGGAGGCUGCUCGUGGAUGCGCGGCUGGACAACCGCGGGGAGAAUGCGUACAGCACCGUGCUCAACAUCUCCUUCACCCCCAACCUGCGCUUCUCCAGCCUCAUCGUCAAGGACAACUCAGAAAUCAAGAUCGAGUGUGGCAGUGAGGACAGGUGGAAACAUGAGAGGUCCUGCAACGUCAGCGCCCCGUUUCUCCGCUCACAGGCCCAGGUGUCUUUCCGCCUGGAAUUUGAGUUCAGCCGCUCAGUGUUCCUGGACCACAUUCGGAUUAUCCUGGAGGCCAGCAGUGAUGGGGAAGAAAAAACUGUUGGAGACAACAUAAAUGACAUUUUAUAUCCAUUAAAAUAUGAAGCUGACCUUCUCUUCACAAGGGACUCCAGCCCCUCCCGCUACGAGAUCAAAGCCGACCGCUCCCUGGACACUCACAGCGGUCACCUUCCCCACUUCAACUUCACCUUCCAGAUACAGAAUAUGGGCUUUUAUCCAUUGAGAGACUUGCAGUUGACGAUUGAGAUCCCGGAAGUUACGAAAAGCGGAAACCGGCUUUUGCGGAUGAGCAGUUUCCACAUCGAUCAGACAGAAGGCACAGACUGCAUCACCCCCAGCCACAUGGCUCUGAGCAGGACUUCCUUCGAAGACCUCUCCCGCUACCCACAACUGAAUCACUCCAACACCAUGACGAUUCCGAUCAGCUGCAGACUGGGCAUUCCUGCCAGCACAGUGGUCAACAUCCGCAUCCAGGGGAUCCUCCACACCGAUUCACUCCGCACAGUGAAAUUCAAGUCGCUGGAGCUUGUGACAACUGCCACAAUAAAGCUGGACCUGUCCAGCCCGAUGUUCAUGCACGAGGAGAAACCAGUUCGCCAAAUAAUCCUGGAGAUCAGAAAAGAGGAGGAUUACAGAAUCCCGAUCUGGAUUAUCAUCGGGAGCACGCUGGGGGGGCUGCUGCUCCUAGCCCUGCUGAUCCUGGCAUUGUGGAAGCUGGGAUUCUUCCAGAGGAGGAAGCGGGGCAAGGAGGCCGAGCAGGAGGCCAACGGGAAAGUAAUGGAGGAGCGGUAACCCUGGGCCGUGAGGACAGCCUGCCAUCACUCCCUCCACCCCGCUGAAGCACCUUCCCGUACAGAGGCGGCGGAGCACGUCUGGGGACUCAGCCUGGCCGUCAGACACCGGUGGGACCCUCACGCCCGCCGGGCCCACCCGUGUCAGAACAGCUGCACCCCUGAGCCCCCUUUCCUCCGGUUCCCCCACGGACUGGCCCUGCCCUUGGGGCCAGAUGUGAGCAAAGCAUGGACCUCCCUACCUCGCACCACCCCCACAUCCGGACAGGCAGUACUGUUUAGGGACACGUUAGCCAGUGUGCGCCCCACACUUUCCCCAGAGAGGAGGCUGCAGGUUUGAACUGGUUCCUGGUGAAGUCAGGCAGUCUGAAUGAUGACAGCAGCACCCCUGAUUCACAAUCACAAACGUACCUGGUUUUCUUUUCACCCUUAUUUUACUUAGGAUUCUAGGUUUUUAAUAUACGAUAUUGUGCUAAACCAAAGUGUUUUCAUCCACGUGGCUAACUGCAGGGCAGAAGUCCUGGGCGGCCACGCGGCGCUCCAGCCUGGCUCGUGGUGCUCUUGCAGGCGAGUUUCACAAGGACAUUCCUGCCAGUCACUGUGCUGCCCUCCUGUGCUUCAGAGGCACAGAUCACGAUUCAGGCACCACUGUGAACUGCAUCCCAGCGACACAGGUGCAACUGCCACAAACUGUUCAGUUAACAUGUUAACCCAAUGAGCAGCUUAUAUGACUUUAUAGACUUUUUUUUUUUAAGGACUUCUGUUAAACUGUCCCAGAAAAUUGUAUGUUCUUUUAAUCACAGUAUCUCAGUAUUCAAAUGCACUUUUUUUUUUAUCUUGUAAAAUGAAAAACUUGAAUUUUGUAAAUAGGCUCACACAUCUUUCCUACGAUAGCCUGGUCACCAGAUUGCUGUACACAGCUUUAGGAAUACGGCUUUUCCCCUGUAACUAGUGGCAUAGCUGUACCAUUUUUAAUGCAGAGCCUUGGGCUUUCUUUUAAAUGUUUUGUAUCUGAACAUCUGAACAAAUAGCCUUCUUUGAAGGGUAUGCACACUGUACAGUCCUAGCAGUGAGGUUCAGUCACUCUAUGAGUGUGUCCAGAGUCAUUUUGUUUUAAAUUUUUAAAACAAUUUUAGACACACUAAUUUUCUAUUUUAUUAAACCCUUAUGUGAACUAAUAGUUUACUUAAACACUCUUAAAAGGUUGAAGGGUUUUAUAAGAAACAUAUAUUUGAAGCCUGCAGCCCUUUAAGUGCAGAACUCACAAUGUAAAUCCGUGAAAUGACAUACUUUUUGCAGCUGAGCAAACAAAAUCUUACAGUCAGGGCUCAGAGGACUGAAUCUGGGAGACUGUACUGGGAUUUGCUGGUUGAGAAAGGACAGACUGGAUAUCCCAGGACAUGCAAGACAGACCAACGACAGAAGAGCACCAUGCCGAACAGUGCAGUAAGGUCUAACAGCCCAGACAGCCUGCUGGUAGAUUACUAUACGUUCAAGUCUAGUUUCUGAAUGCUUACAGAAGACUUGUACAGUCAACACAUCAGGGCAGGGAGAGGAAAGACCCUGCCUCGUCUGUAAUAUAUGCAUUUUGCCAUCUAUGCAAUAAGGUUUGUAAAUAUGUUAAUUAUUUAGAAUAAAAAAAACCUGAGUCUUUA